AUCCAGCGUAGUACUGGAGCAAGAGAGGCAGAGAGAGGUGGAGAGAUACUACACAGACAAAGUAAGAGGUGGAGAGCUACUGUACAGACGUAGCUAGAGAGAGGGGUGGAGAGAGAAUAACCUCAGUUGUAAACGAGAAGCUUCAGUGAGGAGGACAAAGAGGAAAGAGACACUGCAGAGAAAAAGAGAGAGGGCAAUAAAUACAGAGCAGCCCUGUGGGGACCAAGAGGUAAACUGACCCUGACAGAGCGCUCGCUGCGCUGCCAUCCCCCGGAGGCGCCACAGAAGCCCUGAGAGAUUUGUCACAUUAAGAAGAGCCCCCCAGUGCUCUCCACACACACAUGAGCCUACCACGGCCGCCUCUCUCUCUCUCACACACACACCAGACCACAAGCCGGGGAACGUAGCUGGACAGAGGAGUGGAGUGGACUGGAUGACAAGAGGAGAGGAAAGUCACUGUUUCACUCAAAAGCCUAGAGGGAGGACCAAGAGGAUUACACUCUGAAAAGGAGUCGCCAUUCCCCUGGUGCCUGCUCACCCCUGACCCCCGAAGCAAUCAUGAGCAGCUGCAGGAAGAGGUGCAAGAGGGAAAUGUUUAAAUUCGCCCAGUACCUGUACAGACUCGUCACGGGCACGCUCCAUGCAGACAGCGUGGAGGAUGAGUUGGAGCUUUCAGCCGUCCGCCAUCGCCCCGAGGGCCUGGAGCAACUGGAGGCCCUGACCCGCUUCAACCGCAAGGAGCUGCAGAUCCUCUACCGAGGCUUCAAGAACGAGUGCCCGAGCGGCGUGGUCAAUGAAGACACCUUCAAAGUCAUCUACUCCCAGUUCUUCCCACAGGGAGACGCGUCGAUGUAUGCACAUUUUCUGUUCAACGCGUUUGACACGGAUAAAGAUGGAUCUGUGAGUUUUGAGGACUUUGUUAUGGGUCUCUCUAUCCUCCUCCGAGGCUCAGUCCAGGAGAAGCUCAACUGGGCGUUCAAUCUGUAUGAUAUUAAUAAGGACGGACAUAUUACUAAAGAGGAAAUGCUUGACAUCAUGAAGGCCAUCUAUGACAUGAUGGGGAAAUGCACAUAUCCCUUACUCAAAGACGAUACCCCUCGACAACAUGUGGAGAUAUUUUUUCAGAAGAUGGAUAAAAAUAAGGAUGGUGUUGUAACCAUAGACGAGUUUAUUGACUGCUGCCAAAAUGAUGAGAACAUCAUGAGGUCGAUGCAGCUCUUUGAAAACGUCAUUUAACUCGUGGCUGACCUGGAGAGCUCUGGACUCAACUAUCAACAGACACCAACCAACAACCGGCAUAUGGCGCAAUGGACCACACAAAUCAUACAUGUAAUGGUAUGGAACAUUCUGGAAUAACUGUAAAAAAAAGAAUUGAUCUUUACAAUCUUUCUUUUUCAUUUUGAGUUUUGUGGUUUGAUUAAGUAGAUUGAACUCUUCAAAUCUCCUGUGUACAAAGACACAUAUAUCUUAACAGCUGUGCUGCAGUCACCAUUUACAGUAUCUGCAGUACAGGAAUCCAGCAAACUGGGUCAUCACUGUUUAACACAGACACAAAAUCAUGAACCCUGCCUAUUUCUAAGAUGUAUCUUCUUAAAAUUGUAUUCCAAACCUUAACCCUGAUGUUAUACCAAACCUUAAAUUAAAACCAAAAUGCUAAUUUUUGUUUUCAUGAAUUUUUACGAUAUUGCCAAUUUUGCAUUUGUGCCUGUGUUAUCUAGUGGAAACCAGCAAAAUGUGUUAUCUUAUGCCACUGCCUUUGAACAGAUGGACAACAAUGAGCCUGAAAGGUGAACGUUUGUAUGAUGAAUAGUGACAUAACUGUAUGCUGAAAUCAGGCUCAGAAUUCCAGAAUGUUCCUAACCACUGAGGUUUUUCAGCCAACACGGUCCAUCCUUUGCUCUCCCAGCACCCAAGUAAAAUAGACUUAACAUUGUACCAUUUAAAAAAAAAGAAGUGUAUAUACUCUAAAAAAUCUAUGUGGAACUUUCAACUUUGUUCAUGCUUACUUGCCAACUGAAAUGAGACGAUGCACUCCACGUUGAAUUCGAUGACGAGUCUGGACGGUGAAAAGUAUCAUUAGAAGCACACAGGUAGCUGUUACUUACAUUGAGUAUGCGAUUAGGAGAAACAAUUAUCUUGCCACAAGAUUAUGCUGCUUUUAAAUGUACUGUAUUUUAUUUGACCGUACAUGUCUGUAUUCCCCAUGUGUCCUGUUGACUUGUUUUCUUUCAUGUUUCAAAUAACAAUUUUGCAGGUUACACUGGUAUGUUGGAUUUUAAUUAUAUAGAUAUGGUAGAUAUGCUAGUCAAUGUACAAAGGGAUAGUCAGGUGGGCAGUAUUAAGCAGAAGCUCACUCUUGGGGGGAAUUGAUGGUCUUUUUGAAUAUGCAAGUUUAUCACUGUCCUUUUCAGAGGGGUGGUGAAGCUAUACAAGCAAAUUGGAAUCUGUCAUACUUUUUGAGAGGUAGAUCAGAAACAACCCCUAUCCCCAACUAUCUAGACAAUAAAAAACAUUUCACCUUUAUUUAGCCAGGUAGACUGGUUGAGAACAAGUUCUCAUUUACAACUGCGACCUGGCCAAGAUAAAGCAAAGCAGUGUGACACAAAUAACAACACAGAGAUACACAUGGAAUAAACAAACAUACAGUCGACAAUCCAAUAGAAAAAGUCUAUAUAGGGAGGUAAGGCAAUAAAUUGGCCAUAGUGGCAAAAUAAUUACAAUAUAGCAAUUAAACCCUGGAGUGAUAGUGGAGGAUUGGACAGGAAACAAUAUGGUGAUAAUUCCACUCAGCCUAUCAGAGGGCAAGGUGGAGCUAUGGCCAUAUUGCUUAAAUAUACUCAGUGUAGGGGUUGUUUCUGGACAGGGCCUGUGUUUUCCCUCAUCUUGUUUGUGACGUGUCCAGUUCCCCUGCAUAUGAGGACUGGUUGGCCCCUGCGGUCUCUGAUUAGAGUCCUGAUUGGCUCCAAUCAUGCUCAGGGACAGAGCAUGCUGGGUAGCAGAUGGGGCCCCUCCCUCCCCAAUAUCACUACUUACAGGAUGCUUCUGCUCCAAAACCCUACUUUAUUGCCCAUCCCUAAAUUAAAAGUUUGUGGAAAGCAAUGUGGACAUGAGCAAGGAGGUAUCUGCAGUAUUUUUCAUAUUCUAUUUCCUUAAUUGGCAAUAACUUAUUUAUCCAUGUAAAUGUACCCCUGGGAAUGUGUUCUGGAGUUCACAAGAAGAAGCAUAGUCUAGGGAAGUGACUUGUUUGUGUACCUAGCUUGAUCUUAUUUGACCAAGGAUUUUGUUCAGUGGGCUAAUUAUCUCCUUAAAACAUGGGUCGAUUUAAGUAAGGCACAGCAACUUGGACAAGUCCAGGUUGUACCUGACGGUUUCACCAUCUCAAAACGUGUUCUCCCUAUUGAACGUGUCUCUGGCUAAGAAAGUGACUUCUGUCAAUCUGUUAUUCAACCUUACAUUCUAAUGUAUGUAAAUCCAUCAUAAUAGCAUGAGGUGCAUGAGGGUAGUAAUUGGGUGCUCUGAGUUCAGAUUUUAUUGCACUCAAUCUGAUCUUGGAAAAUGAAUUGAUUGAACAAAGCCUGUUAAAACCUUCACAGAUAUAUGCACAGGACUUAAAUUGUAUUUAUUUUCUUACACAAUGUACCAAUGUUAUUAGCUUAUUUGAGUAGCCUCUGUGUGCUGAGUUUGUGGCUUGGAUCCAUUACAAAAUGUUACAAUAAUGCCACCUUGUGGUACUCUGAGCCGACCACUUGGUUCAAAGAAAUAAUGUACUUUGAAAUAUUGGCAAUUCAGGGAUGCAGACGCUGCCAAGAUAAAAAAAAAUCCCACACCCAUUCAAAUAACUUGCAAUGGAGUCACGUUGUUACUCCAAUCUUGAAAAAACUAGUUGAGUUGAGAAGCAUUAAACACAUUAGGUAAAACAUUGAUGACUUGAAUCGUAUUUUGAAAUAGAAGUGCUGUAUAUUUUCCUCGAAGGACCUCUAUAAAAUGUUAAGGAACUAUGUUCCUUUUUCACUCAAUAUAAUAUGCCAUUUUGCAGGCGCUUUUAAUCCAAAGCGAUUUAGUCGUGCACGUUUCACGUUUGGGUGGUCCCGGGAAUCAAACCCACUCCCCUGGCAUUACAAGUGCCAUGCUUUGAGCUACAGAGGACCACUCUAAAACUGUAGGAAGGAAAGACUCAUCUUUCUGCCAUUAGCUAAAUCUAGGAAACUGCCAUCCAAGAUAGUGUAGGUUUAAUUUUGCGGACCCAUAUAGGAUUAGAAGGGUGAUAUAAAGGACCUUAAGCUGCACUGGACAUUUAAGAUGUACAGUUGUCUUUGUGAUUAGGUGAGUGCAUUUUAUAAGAGAGAUUCAAUAAACUGGUUUGAAUGUU